GGCUGUGAUACAAGUUGUUGCAUUGGCCUUCCAUGUGGACACGCUCCCUCAUACCGAAGCCGACACGCACAACUUGUGGAUCAAAACUAUGGUCCACAACAUCCACAACGUCCACAACCACACAAUGAGUGGCAAUCCAAGCAUCACCACAAAAACCGAUGUUAUAUUAAACCACCAGCUCUCGCUACCAUUCGCACUGCUACCUGUAUUGUCCCAAUGGCCACCGCAGUAAACACAAGUCUCUCGAAGUCCUACACUGUGGGCGACAACACCGCUGUUUCGUCGACUUGUAUAUUGUCUCUCAACCCCCCACAGUUCGACAUCGAAAGAACGUUCCCAGCAAUCCUCGAUCCCGUCAGACUUUUCCGCGAAGCCGCGGACGCACAUGACAUUGCAUCGAUGCGUUCUUUGUCCCCUAUCAUUCUCCACGGUUUGACUACAAUCCUACGCUCCAUGUCUCAGCUUCCCCAAGACGUUCGGGACGCUUCAGGCUACAAGAACGCUGAAUCCGGAGUCCGGCACUACAAACUGCUCUUCAUGAGCCAUGUCCAGCCGCUCCUUGACAAUAAGGACUUCGAAUUUGAAUUUGUUUGCAGGAGGCAAUUUAUUUUGCAGGCUCUCGAAUACUUGAACGCUAUAAUGUCUAGCCUGAAAAGGUUUAUGCAAGUUGCCGAGCGCGAGAUGCAGCAACUGAAGCCUCUUCCUGACAUUCCCGAAGAAUGUGAAGAGGAGGUAGAAGCAGCGGAAGCGGAAGAAGAUAGCAACGACCUCAGUGGAGUCCGCCGAAAUUCUUUGCUGUCAGGAGAUACUCACCAGUCUAGCGAAGGAUCAUCGACAGACAGGACAUGUGUCGAAGAGGUGGAAGAUCUGGGUUCUCCUGACAAGCUCCUGACGAUCAGACACACGAAACGGGGACUGGCUGCCAUCCUUGGGCCACUUUCAGUCAACUUGCGCCGCAAAAUCUCGUUUUCAAAGGCGGACACAGUGGCACCUGUUGAGAAACUCGCAGCUCGCGGAGGGCAUGCUCGCGCCACUGCGAAUAUUAGAAACUCGAUUGCCCUCUUUUCCGAAAUACUUGAUGGCAAGCUGGAGAAUUCCUUUCCUCACCCAGAUGAUAGCACGGAACUCUUCUUGGACAAGAAUGGUGUUCUUCAGCUUGCCUCGUUGAAGGGCCUUGUCAGGUAUCUGACAUCGGUAGUCUCUGACGACGACCUGGAGCUCCCAGAUGUUUUCUUCCUUUGCUUCCGCUACUUUUCGACUCCAGCACUCGUUCUCAAGGCUUUCAUGGAGCGAUACAAGGAGGAUUUGCCUGGUCGCUUGUCUCCAGACCAAGCUUCCAUUCACUCCAUGCACGUCAAGAUGCGUGUAGCUCGCCUGCUUAACCAGUGGGUCGAUCUUCAUUGGCGCCACUCGGAAGACCAAGAGGUCUUCGCACCCCUCCUGCAAUUCGCAUUCUCCGAUCUCUCUCGAGAUCUCCCCCGCAGUGUUUCCUCGAAAUUCAUCGACACCUUGCACAACGCUGCGUGCGCUGAAAAACACUACGGACGUCGCCUUGAGAAGACGGUUCAACUCAUCCAAGGCUCUUCGCCAGCCGAAGAGCUUUGUAGCUUAUGGGAGCCUCGCAACAAGAAGGCAAUGGUUAAGGGGGACUAUGCGAAGAUUAAGUUGUCGAACUUCGCUUCUCCGCACGGAAUGGAACUAUUGGCUCAUCAACUUACCGUCCUCUUGUGGGAGAAGUACCGGGAAUUCCAGCCCGAGGAUGCUGCACGCUUUUGGGUGGAGGAAGCAACUGGAAAGUCUACUUAUGGCGUUUCCAGUGAAGCUGGCGCGAAGGUGACCACCUAUGCUUCCUUUGAGAAGGCUCUUCACCUUUGGGCACUGGACGUCAUCGUGUCUGCGCAGUCGACAGAGGAUCGCAUCCAGAAGGUUCAGUUUGUCUUGGAAUGGGCUCAAGAAUGUCACAUCCUCAGAAAUUAUGCUGGUUCAUGGGCAUUGUUUUCUGCGUGCGACAGACAGAGUUUGGUUGGCUCUUUAUCGAACAUUGGUGCCAAGCACGAAGAGAUUUUGCUCACUCUACGUGUCUUUUUCAGCCACACAACCCGAAUGAAGGCCUACAAGGAAGCAAUUCAAAGUAGCUGUGGACCCACUCUGCCCACUCUUGUACUUUUCGUAGGUGACGUAAAGCGCCAGUGUGGUAACGAGGAAUGUGUAGAUCACCCAAAUGCGCCGGGACAUAAGCUCAUCAACCUAAGGCGUUACCGCCCUCUCACACGGGCUAUCAGAGACAUGGAGAGAUGUCAUACCCCCUAUCACAUCCAGCGUGUGGAUUACGUCUGCCAGUGGAUGGAGGAGGUCAUAUGCACUUACCUUAGUCGCCCAGAAUUGGAAUGGGAGGAUGUCCUUUAUGACAAAAGCCAACGUCUGGAGAAGAAGAGGAACCGGAAAUGCAGUGUCUAUCUGUAACAACAUUCAUUUCCCUUGUCAACGCUUUGCUAUUGCC